AUGUCUGACCUCAAAACUUUGGCUGAGGCCUUGAAAAAUGGUACCUACUCUAGAGUUGUGUUUAUGGUGGGCGCUGGGAUUUCCACAGGCGCUGGGAUCCCAGACUUCCGGUCCCCAGGCACGGGCUUGUACGCCAAUUUGAGUAAGUUGAACUUGCCAUAUGCAGAAGCCGUGUUUGACAUUGAAUAUUUCAGGCAAUCCCCUAAGGCGUUCUACACGUUGGCCGGCGAGCUCUACCCCGGGAAGUUCCUCCCCACCAAGUUCCACUACUUGAUCAAGUUGUUUGAGGAGAAGCGGUUGUUGAGACGUGUGUACACCCAGAAUAUCGACACCUUGGAGCGGAUAGCUGGUGUAGGUGCCGAUUACAUCGUGGAGGCGCAUGGCUCGUUCGCUGCAAACCAUUGUAUCGACUGUGAUGCGGAGCUCGCGACGGAGUUGUUGAAGCUAGACAUGGAAGACGAGCUGGUUGACGGGAUUCCUGUGUGUCGCCAGUGUGGGGGCUAUGUCAAGCCGGACAUCGUGUUUUUUGGCGAGGGCUUACCUGACCGGUUCUACGAUUUGUGGGAGCAAGACUGCAAGAAGACGGACUUGAUCAUCGUCGCAGGGACAUCCUUGUCGGUCUAUCCCUUUGCCGGUUUGCCUGCUGCUGUUCCCAGAAGGACACAGAGGGUGCUUGUUAACCAGGAGCGAGUGGGUGACUUUGCCUCCUCGCCGCGUAAGGUGGACAUUCUCGCAUUGCGUGCUUGUGAUGUGAUUGCUGACGAGUUGGCCGAGCUCUGCGGGUGGGCUGAUGAGUUGGUGGAGUUGAUUAGGAAAGGAAAGGAGGGUCAUGAAGCGAAGAAUACUGAUAAAGGGGUAGGUACGAAGGAGGAGGAAAAGGAGGAGAAGGAGAGGGAGAAGGAGAAGGAGGAGAAGGAGGAAGAAAAGGAGGAAGAAAAGGAGGAAGUAGAAAGAGUUAAGACUGAGGAUGAGCCAGAUAUCGACGAAAUCAUCAAGGAUAUUUCCAAGUUGAAGGUUGCUGAGAAGGAACUAGCCCCUACUGAAAAAUAG